CAUAAUAAUGAUGCUAAAAAGCUAUUUUUAGCACCACUGUAUACAAAAAGGGUUAUGCAAUAGUUGUGGUGUUGGUAAAUUUUUUACCUACCUUACUAUAAUGCACAUCUAUAUAUAGCUGGACACCUCCGUUUAUUAUAUUGUUUGUUUGUUUCUUUGUUCUUUCUACUUAUUUUAUCUCACCUCUGUCUAAACUCUCAGCUCUCACCUCUCUGCAAUUCCGCAAAAAAAAACUCUCACCUCUCUGCCUCACCGCCGCCGGCCCACCCGAAGCUCAACGUCUGACCCACUCCGUCGAACCAAGCCGCUGACCCACUCCAUCGACCCACGCCGUAGACCCAUCUUGAAGUCUCUGCUCUGACCUUGCCGUCACAGACCCACGACAAAGAGCUCCUCCUCCUUGCUGCUGCGAUCUCUCUCAUCACUCUCACUACUCCACAAACCCAUCUACGUACUAUUCCUGAAAGAAAGAGAAACUAUGGCGGAAGAAGUUUUGUUCGAUCUUGCUGGGAAAGUCAUUAAGGUGCUUGGCUCUUUCAUUGCUGAAGAGAUCAAACUGGCCCUUGGUGUCAAAACUGAGAUUGAAAAUCUAGAGAGCAGAGUCUCCACGAUCCAAGCUGUGCUACUAGACGCAGAAAAGCGGAGUUCUCAAAACAAUGUGAUCAAAAACUGGCUCGGUAAGCUCAAAGAUGUCCUCCAUGAUGCUGAUGACGUGCUGGAUGAUUUCUCCACUGAAGUUUUGCGCCAAAAAGUGAUGAGUGGAAACAAAAUGACAAAGGAGGUACGCAUUUUCUUUUUAAGUGAAAAUAAUAAAAUGGGUCAUGAAAUAAAAGCAAUUAAUGAGAGACUAAAUGCCAUUGAAAAAGAGAUGAAGGAUUAUCACUUUAUUAGUCAAAGCUUGGUUGAGCCACAAGUCAUGAAUAGGACGGAUAGAGAAACUUACUCUUUUGUACUCAAAGACGAAGUUUUUGGCAGAGAGCAUGAUAAGAAAAAGAUUAUGGAACGUCUUUUUGAUGACCGUGUUGAAGAGAAUAUUUCUAUCAUUCCAAUUGUUGGUAUCGGAGGUUUGGGCAAGACAACACUAGCUCAACUGGUAUACAAUGAUGUAGAUGUUCAAACAAAAUUUGAGAUAAAACUUUGGGUUUGUAUCUCUGAUAUCUUUGAUGUACAGCGGAUUUUUAAAGAAAUUGUAGAACAGUUGACAAAGAGGCAGCAUGAAGGAAGCCUUGAGAUCCUGCAAAAUAAGCUUCGAGAAGAACUUCAUGGAAAAAAAUACUUGAUUAUCUUGGACGAUUUGUGGAAUGAGGACGGUAAUAAAUGGCGUCGCUUGAUAAAUGUACUAAUGGUUGGUGCAAGGGGAAGUAGGAUAGUGGUAACUACUCGCUCGACAAAGGUAGCGGAGAUUACUGGCACAACUUCACCUCAUGAACUUGAAGGCCUAGUUCUAGAACAGGCUUGGCCAUUAUUUGUUAAAAUGGCAUUUAAAGGAGGUAAAGAGCCAGAAAACCAAAUCUUAGUAGCCCUAGGAAAACAGAUUGUGGGAAAGUGUAUUGGAGUGCCUCUUGCUAUAAGAACAAUUGGAAGCUUAUUGUAUGGUAAAAGCAAUGUAAUUGAGUGGCAAUCUUUUUUAGAUGAUAAACUCUCAAAAAUAGCCCAACAAGAAAAUGACAUUUCAUUAACUCUUAAGUUGAGUUAUGAUCACCUUCCAUCACAAUUGAAGCAAUGUUUUGCUUAUUGUAGAUUAUUUCCAAAAGAUUAUAGGAUUGAUGUAAAUACACUUAUUAAUCUUUGGAUAGCUCAAGGCUUUAUUGAGUUAGAAGAUCAAAGACAGCGUUUUGUGGAUAUUGGAAGAGAAUAUUUUAUGGAAUUACUUUGGAGGUCAUUUUUCCAGGAUGUAGAAAUUGAUGUUUUGGACAAUAUAAUAUCAUGUAAGAUGCAUGAUCUCAUGCAUGAUCUUGCAAUUCUUGUAUCUGGAACGGAAAGUGCCAUGUUAAAUUCAUGUGAGAAAAAUGUGAUUGAAACAGUUCGUCAUGUAUCAUUUGAUAUUGUGGAUUCAUCGAGUCAACUUUCAAUCCUCGUGGCUAAUAAAAGGAAGAUACGGACAAUUCUUGCAGUUAGUUCAGGGGUAAAGUUUGCAGUUAGUGUAGGGGUAAAUUUUGCAGUUGGUGUAAGGGGAGUGUUGAGUAACUUAACUUGUGAUGCACUUAUUUCGAAUCUCAAUUAUUUACGGACAUUGAAUUUGAGUGGUUUAGGGCUACAUGUAGUGCCCCAUUCAAUUGGGAAAUUGAGUCAUUUAAGAUAUCUUGAUCUCUCUCAAAAUGAACAUAUUGUUGUUCUCCCUGAUUCUAUUGCAAAGCUGCUAAAUUUACAGACGCUGAAACUCUAUUAUUGUGAUUCACUUAAAGAGUUACCGCGAGGCCUUAAGAAGUUGGUCAAUCUUAGGCAUUUAGACGUUAAGGCUUGUUGCGAAUUGACGCAUAUGCCCCUUGGACUUGGGCAUCUUACUUCUCUUGAGAUACUAACAGAUUUUGUCGUGAGGCAAGCGGGUUCCAAGGCUAGCUCGUCUAGUUGGUAUAAGAAAAAACAGGCUGAGUCUGGUGGUGGGCUAAGUGAAUUGAAGGAGCUGAGCAAUUUGGGAGGAAGUCUAGUCAUUCACAAUUUGGGACAUGGAGAAGAUGACAUGGUGGAAUGUAAAGCCACAAAUAUGAAGCAGAAACAACAUCUUCAAGAGCUGAUAUUAUGGUGGCGGAAUGAAGAGUGGGAUGAUGGAGAAACUGAAUGUUGUGAUGACAUGUCACUGGAAGGCCUCCAGCCACAUCCAAAUCUUAAACGGUUGGGAUUGUCUGAUUAUAUGGGUGUGAGAAUUCCAAGUUGGGUCUCUUCUCUCACUAAUCUUGUUCAUUUUGAAUUAUUUCGUAAUGAAAGAUUGCAGCACCUCCCACCGUUAAAUCAACUCCCUUUUCUCAAGUCUGUCACUCUUCAAUGUAUGGAAGCACUUGAAUACAUAUGGAUAGAUGAAGACAGUGUUAGGAAUGUGUUGGGUGCUUCUUCUUCUUCUUCUUCUUCAAAAACACCAUUCUUCCCAUCCUUAUCUUCUCUUUAUAUUGCGCAUUGCCCAAAUCUGGAGGGAUGGUGGAGGAAUUCAGAUGAUGAUGAUGAUGAUAAUGAGCCGCACCAUCUCUUACUUCCAUCAUUUCCUCCUUCUCUUUCGGAAUUAACUAUCAUCGGUUGCCCUAACCUGACUUCCAUGCCCCCGUUUCCAUAUUUGAAAGAAAGGCUGGAACUGAGUGGGUGUAGCUCGAAGGUAAUGGAGCAGACAAUGAAAAUGAAAAUGGGAGCAGCAACCACAUCAACCUACUUUCCUCUCUCUCAAUUACAGGUUUUGGAAUUAGAGAAGAUUAACGAUUUCGAAUCUCUUCCAGAGGAGGGGCUGCGGAACCUCAUUUCUCUCCGACAACUCGAUAUAGAAAGCUGCGAUGGACUGAGUUCUCUCCAUUGGAUAGGCAGCCUCACAUCACUACAAACCCUUGCAAUUGUGGGAUGUCAGAAUCUGACAUCACUUCCUCAAGAGAUUCGCAAUCUCACCUCUUUAAAAGAGUUGACAAUUUGGGGGUGUCCCCUCUUAGGGCAAAGAUGCAAGAGGCAAAUAGGUGAAGAUUGGCCCUUCAUUGCCCAUGUCCCACGCGUAUAUGUAGAUGGGAAGAAACAGCAAGAAGAAACAAUUUCUUCAGGUUAUUUUGUCACUUUCUCUGCCUCCUAAAGUCGUAGUCCUUGCUGCAUUUGGUUGUGAAGUCCCUGUAAUCUUGAGGCAGCAGCACAUCUGUUCUUUUUUAAUCAGUGGGGUCCAAAUACAGUCCCACAAAAAUGAGUAGGAGAGAAUAUUGGUUAGAAGUUGGAAUCUGAUGGCAUCUUUAACUACUUCAAGUAUUUGACUUUUAAUGAAGAAACCAAGAUAUUUUGAAGAAACCAGAACUUGAUAUAUCUUAUGCCAAGUACAGUCUUGGACUCAAUGAAUCGUAGCAGCUUUGGUAGAAUUUUGAAGGGAGGAACAUGACCAAGCAACAAUAACUCAACGGGGAAUCAACUUACUAUAAAGUCUCUGUUCAAACAAUGGGCAACAUGAUGCAUGUUCUUUUUUAUAAUCAUUGGAAAGCAGAGGGGGCAAGCAGUGUAAUGGAUGGAUAAAGUGUAUGGAGUUUUUAGGCCAAAGAGAGGUAGGAGGAAGGAUGGCUGAGCUGUGAUGGGUAAGAGAGGCAAUUUGAUUAAAUGUACCAGACUGGAAGGUAUUGGAGCAGACAAUGAAAAUGAGAGCAACCACAUCAACCUACUUUCCUCUCUUUCAAUUAGAGGAUUUAGAAUUAUAUCAGAUUAAUGAUUUAAAAUCACUUCUAGAGGAGAGGUUGCAGAACCUCAUUUCUCUCCGGGAACUCUAUAUAAAAAGGUACGAUGGACUGGGUUCUCUCCCUUGGAUAGGCAUCCUCACAUCACUACUAAGACUUAACAUUUGGGAAUGUCCUAAACUAACGUCACUUCCUCAAGGGAUUCACAAUCUCACCUCUUUACAAGAACUAGGAAUUGAUAAUUGUCCCAAUUUGACGUCACUUCCUCGACGGAGUCGCAAUCUCACCUUUAAAAAAGUUGGAAAUUAUUGAUUGUCCCCUCUUACGGCAAAGAUGUGAGAGGCAAACAGGUGAAGAUUGGCCAUCAUAGCUCAUGUCCCAUACAUGUAUGUGGAUGGUCUGAUCAACCAAGAAGAAACAAUUUCUUUAGAAUCAGAAUCAGAGUCAAAGUCAGUUUGUUAACGCUUAGAGAGGACAUAAUCUAGGUCUACCAUUGCAGGAAUUAGCUUAUUUUGCAGGUUGUUACACUCAAAACAACACCCAAGUUUUAGAACUUUUGGUUUUUCCAGUGGUUGGUAAUUUGGCACUUUCUCUCUCUUCUAAAGCCGUGGCCCUUGGUUUUGAAUUUGGCCGUGGAGUCCUAUGUGAACAUGAGGCAGCAAACAUGAGUAUAGGAGGGAAAGAGUUGAAUCUGAUGGUGUCUUUAACUACUUCAGAACAAAUUAAGGCAACAACUAACCUGGCGCAAAAUUUGGACUCUAUUCAAAACUUUCUGGCCCUGAAAUUGUGCAACAAGUCAUGGACUCAGUGUGGUUUAAUCUUUUGGAUCUUGUGGCACCUGCCACUGCUACAGCCUCUACCUCAUCUCCAAAUAUAUCAAGGUGAAAUAUUCUUAUCAUUUUUAUUGUGCCUUAGCUUCUUAUUGUUGUCCUCCCAAAAAAAGAAGUUCUUUCUUUGGUAAAUUCAAUAAUUGUUUUUGUUGUUCUUGUGCUGAAAAUGUUUUAUUUUUGCAGAUACUUCAUAACUUCCAUUAUUGUAUGAAUGAAAACGGAGCAUCCAAUUACCUUGUAGGAAUUAGCUUGUUAUUCCAGUUGGGAUGAAGGUCACUUCAACAAUUUCUUUGAAGUAAGUGCAAAGUGUGAAGUUGAUCCUAUCUUUGUGUACUAUAGAGAGUAAAGAAAAGGGAGAAUUUUGGUUGAAUUCCACUUUGAGGAUUAUUAAUCAAGGAAGAAUUGGUGAUUGAAGCUUUGUCCUAUUGUAUUCUCUCUAGAAGCAAGUUUUGAGAAGCCUUCAGAAAAGGCAAAUUUGAGUUCAAAUAAAAGCUGUUUCAGUUUCAGCUCCCAAUGUUACACUCAUCCUUUGCCCAUAUGUUUGCUGGAGUUCUCUUGGAUUUUUUUUGGCCCAACUUAAUUCGGUAAGAUACUUGGAGCCUCUGUUCUCAUUUUGCAGACUAAUUGUUUCAAUGUUGGAUAGCUGUUCUUUUGGGUUAUUAGAGUGCAAAAUAGAGAUGGCGGUUCCAUUGAGCACACAACUUGUCUCAGCUCCUUUUCCAUGAGAGGGAUAUCAGCCAUUAUAUGGUUGUGAAGUUAACCAUUGGAGGGUCAUCAAAAGGGGAUUAGUCAACAUUAAUACAGAGCAAAUUUUGUAUUAAGUCUAGAAUUUGACCUAUUACAAGGAAGAUGGUUAAGAUCACUCAUGAUAAUGUGGAUUGGUCAUUUGUCCUUCUUUGGAAAAGUAUUAGUCAUCUUCAACAGUAGCGCCAGAGAAUGAGAACAGUUGAACAGAUUCAUUCAUUUCAUCAGGAAUGCUGAUUUUGCAAUUCUCAACUUGUUUAAUGUUGCUGUUGGUUAGACUAUCAAAUAUUUCAUUUCUUUUUCAAAUUGUAUGAUUUGGGUGGCCAGCUUUGUUCUGCACUUUCGUGUGAACCAGUUUAUCAGGCUGUUCUUUGCUACCUGGAUUUGAUUAUAGCUAGGCUGCUCUCCAUAGUCCAUACUUGUAUGUCAAUUUAUGUUUUGUAUUAUUAUUUUUAUAUGGUGAAGGAAUAUUCCAGAAAGAAUUUUUUUUUUUUUUAAUAAUAAAAAUUCAGAUUUAUACAAUGUGUUGUAUCA